AUGAGCCCCCCGCCCACUAGACUUUCAGAUCCGCGGCGAGGCUGCAAUGCCUUCUGCGCUGCGGGCCUUCCCGGCUCCGCUAAUUAUGCCGAGGCUGCUCGCUGUGGUCUGCGAGCCCAGGGCUGGUCAGAGACGAAAAACAUAUGUGUGUGCCUCGCAAGUCUCUGCUUGGUAAACCGUCACAGCUUCGGCGCGCGAGAGUGGCGUUGGCACGGCCAAAUCCCGGGGUCCUCGGCCAGGCCAGGGCAGCUGGCGGGCGGCGGCGCCGGGCCGGGCGCGCCCCGCGGGCUCCGGGCACACGCCCCUCACCUGGGCGAGGCCGGGCGCGCAGGCGCUCAGCGCGGGGACAGCGGUCUGGUGCUUAAGCCCCGCGCGGGCAAGAGUUGGACAGUUCCGGGGCCGCUCCGGGCCGAGCUGUCGCCGGCGCCACCUCCACCUCCGCGGCCGCCACCGCUCGGGCUGCAGCAGAUCGCGGGAGAACGUCUGCGCGAAGCCUGUGCAGCCCCGCGGGACCGCAGUCAACACCGGAGCGUGAGCAACAGCUUUCCGGCUGGAGGAGCCACUGCCCCACGCGUCCGCGGCCCGCGCGCCGAGGUAAGCUCCGGGCGCCCAGCCCAGCCCGGCAUCCUCGGAAUAGGCGCCCUCUGCUCGCCCGGCCCCCGCCCGCCUCCGCGUAGCGAGCGUGCACCUGAGCGCGCCGCCCGAGAUGGCAGUAGGAAUGGCUGGGGACAGUGAGAAAUGGUCGUGGCCGUGAACUCCGCUCUGAAGGAAAGACUGCUCACCACCUGCAUGUUUUAAGCAGGCUCCGUCCAACUAUACGAGUGCAGCCCUCUGGGCAGGAUAUUGUUGAGAACUAUGCUGUGACUCCAUUUUAGUGGCCAUGCAAGCCGUAGGCUCCCUGGCCCUUAUGUGUGCAUGUAACAGGAGUGCCUGAGAGGAUAUCCUGGCUCUUUGGAGGUCCUUUCUCUGCCUCUUUUUCCUCUCUACUGUAAUAUCCUUGUUGUUCAGAAAGAAAAUGAGAAUCUCCCACUAGUUAGAAUAUGUCCCUAAGUAUACACAGUUUCUAUUCUGGAGGAGCCAAGAAAGGAACAAGAUUCUGACUGGUUCUAUCAGGCUUCAAGGAAAACGCUGUCCAGUGAAAUUGUCAAGACUUGGGUUCCUUCUCCCACUGCUGUGUCCUGGUGCAGGUCAUUACCCCCAGCCUGACAGGUUGUCACAAGUGCUUCAGCUGACAAGAGCAAACAUUGUGACAGAAGUUGACACCCGGAGCAGUAGGAAAUGAAGCCAAGGAGGUCAGGGCUUUGCCAAAUGGACAAAAGGGAGUUGGGGAGAAUUUUUCAGCAAAGAGUAGAGUAUCCAAAAGCCUCUACAUGGGAAUGACUAAGGAGGACUCUGAAAUUGGAUUCUAAAUUCCCUAAGGUACCAAUUCCAAGAUCUGCUGCCAGUAGUUUCUGAAAUGCCAGAUCUGAGUGCCAGAGAAAGCUGGAAAGCCAGUCAGCCAGGACUGCAAGUGCCAGAAGAUUACAAACACAGCCACUCGGUGCAGCUUGCUGGAGAGCUCCGUGCCUUCUCAUUUCUGCCAAAUGAAUGUGGCCAUCAAGGGAUAGCUGGAAAGACUGAAUAUUUCUCAGAAGACCCAUGAGUGGCACAGCUCCACUUCCUCCCUGAUGCUGGAAGAUAGAAGUGGCUGAGGGAUGUCCAGAUGGAUGAGCUGAGCUGGCACUUCCCAUGGCCCUUGGCUUUUGAAUGAUAAAUGGUCAGGGCCAAGAUAUCCAGUGGCUUCCAGGAAUGGUGGACUACAAGGAACAUGGGUUGGGACAACAAGGGUACAGAACGUGCUUCAUAACUGGAGGGAAAUGGCAAGGUUUCGGGGUUUGUGGUCAUAAGCAGUGGGUUCCAGCAUACUGUCAAAACAAAUAUACAAACGAUAAACAGGUAGUUCAGCCACACUUGAAUUCAGGGGCUGUCCAUGCCACUGAACUGUCUUGCCAGGGACAAGACCAGAUGAAUCACCCUCAACUGGAGACCUAAGAGGCCUGCAUUUCAGGGUGAGUCAUCUGGACUUGUCCCUGACAAGAGGACAAGAGGCAAGUUGCCACUUAAACAGAAGAUGUCAUUUAGUCUCAGGUAGAUCAUCCCCCACCUUUUAGAGCCAAGUGUUUGAGGUCCUGUGAUUGAGCCAAACUGUGUUGUAUGUUCCUAUCCCUGUGGCCAGUGAAGCUGAACUCCUUUUAGAAGACAGGUGUUUUUGGAGGGGAGGAUACCAAGCAGAUAAAUAUUUUUAAAAUAAAAAUAAUAGUGGAUUCUGAUGGUUGUUCACUGCCUUGGAUUAGCUGACAUAGCUGCAUAUCCACCACUGACUGUCCCCUAGUCUGGAGGGGGCACAGUCCCUCAGCCUUAGAGACAGUUUCACCUUGAAACCGUUCUCCCAGUCUGAUAAUCUGGUUACUUCUUACACAUACAUUCCAUUGAGCUUCAUCUUUGCUUAGGGCAGCUUUACACCUCCUUCUCAAAACCAGUUACCUCCAUAAAGGAUCUGGGAUACAUGGAGGUGGGGUUAAUGCAUUCAAAGGAAUAGUCAGGCAUGGCAAGAAGGUGAGUUUCUAAUAGGGAUGUUUCCAAUUAAUCAUCCUCAUAUUUCAGAUGGGACUAGAGCAGAGAGCCACCAAGGGCCUGCCAGUCCAGGCCUGCUUGCUCAUGCAGCUCCAUUACAGCCUGUUGUGCAAGCAGCUGGCCACUAGGACCCGUCCCUUGCUAGUGGGCAUGUGGCUCAGAGUUAAGUGUCUCUGGGUAUGAGGUUCCAGAAGGUCAUGAUUGAGAACUGCUGUGCCCCUCUGCCAGUUAUUCAGAUUGCAUUCCAGGGAUCAGUGGGUCUGUGUGGGAACCUACAAUUGAGCCUACCAGGGUCUUACCAGAGCUCAAAUUUGUCUCCAGGCAAAGCCAAAAGUUUUGUGGUCAUAAGCAGUGGAUUCUUCCUUAGAGGAAGAGGCAAAGAAUUCAGGCUGGUCCCUGGACAGACUACACUGUAAUCACUAAAUACAAUCCAAGCAGAUAUGGAAAUGUCUGCCUGAUGAUGAGCCAGUUCUCCCUGCCUUCUGGUUGAGGGGAAGAGGUGGUGGUGGAUAAAGGAGAUAGUGACUGCUCAGAGCUGUUUGCUAUCAAAGGCUCAAGCAAAUGGGCAGAGAUAUUUCAGCCCUUUCAAUCUGAUCUUGAAAGGAGAUUCCUGUGUUAGGUUACAGGCUGAAUAUAAGUGAGGUCAAUGGAAAUUAUGUAACCAAAAAGGCGAGGGUCAAAGACAUCCUGGCUCUCAAAGCCACCUGCCCCUUGGCACUGGCCCCAAUAAUCUGUGCUGUUUCUUCUUUCUCAGCUACUCUCUCCUUUCUGGGCCACACUGUGUCUACCACCAAGCUGCUGAGCUCCACCAUGUGGCUCUAUAUUGUCUUAUGUUAUAGAGGGAAUUAUAUUGAUGAAUUAUAUUUGUCAAAGAAAUGUCAAGCUUUCUCUCCCUGAUAAUGACAAAUGUUUGUAACUUUUCUCAUUCUGCCAGACUUUUCAUUUUAUAUAUAUAUGUUUGUUUGAUAAUGGGGCUUAUGAUAGAUGGUAUUAUUAUUCAGAAUAUUUGCUGUUUCUCCCUGGGAGAAAAUUAUACUUCCCCCACUGUCUUAGUCUAUUCGUGCUGCUGUAACAAAACACCAUAGACUAGGUAAUUUAUAAAUGAUGGAAUUUUCUGUCCCUGACCCUGGCUGGUGCCUCCCUUGGAGUUGCUGCCUUUGAAGUCUGUGGCCCAGCAGGAUUUCAGCCCUUCCUGCCACUAUGGCUCGCUUGAGUGGAGCUCUCUGGCCCACCAUAUCUGAACCACUCCCGAAUCUGGCUAGUAAACUUCCAGCUGCAGCAGUGUGAUCUCUCCAGCUGACUAGCAGGGAUAUGCCCACCUGGGAUGUACCCUUCCCCUUCCCAGGCAGGGAGAUCUGACUCCUCCCACCAAAUCUAGCUAAACCAUUGGGUUUUGGGGAAGAGAAGCCAAGGAGUUACAAAAGCUGAGUGGUAAAGGGGCUGAAGAGGCUUGUGGUGAGAGUAUCAGUGACUGGGGUGGGAGGUAGGUAGAAGACAGGUGGGGUAGAAUUGAAGAGAGAGAACCAAGUUAACUGAUGGCCAAAAUAACAUUAUUACACCAAUAAAAAUAUCAGUAUUGCUGUGCAUAAAAUAGCAUGUUAUACAAAACCUCAGGAAAUGAAAAACCAGCACUGUAAUCACUAGAUAGAUUCCUCAUGGUUGUCAAUCUUAAAUGGUGUAUGGAGUAUUUCAUACAGUGGAAUAAACUCUCAAGACCUAA